GUGCUCAUCUUGUGACAGCACCGACAAGGAGAUCGAAGAGAAACCCAGAGCGAAGUGACGGUGUGCUCUUGUGCAUGCGCUAGUCCGCUCCGAGAGUGGACGCCGCAAGAUGAUACACAGUCUGUUCAUAAUCAACCCGUCCGGGGAUGUUUUAUUGGAGAAACACUGGAAAUCUGUGAUUCCGAGAUCGGUUUGUGAUUACUUCUUCGAUGCGCAAGCGAGAGCCGGUAGUCCGCAGGACAUUCCACCGGUCAUUGCCACGCCGCAUCAUUAUUUGAUCUCCAUACUUCGCAACAAACUAUUCUUCCUGGCAAUCACGAUGUCCGAAGUGUCCCCCCUGUUCAUUAUUGAGUUCCUCCAUCGCGUUGUUGAUACUCUGGUGGAUUACUUCAACGACUGCAACGAGUCCACCCUGAAAGAGCACGUCGUGGUCGUAUACGAACUACUGGAUGAAAUGCUCGACAACGGCUUCCCUCUCGCGACGGAGCUCAACAUACUCAAGGAAUUGAUCAAACCCCCCAACUUGCUUCGGACCAUCGCCAACACGGUGACAGGACGCAGUAAUGUUUCGGCGACGCUACCUACCGGUCAGCUGUCUUGCGUGCCUUGGAGGAGAGCUGGAGUUAAAUAUACAAAUAAUGAAGCGUAUUUCGAUGUGAUAGAGGAGGUUGAUGCCAUCAUAGACAAAACGGGAGCCAUCGUAUCAGCGGAAAUUCAAGGGAGGAUCGACUGUUCCAUGAAGCUGUCAGGAAUGCCCGACCUCACUCUGAACUUCAUGAACCCCCGAGUAUUUGACGACGUUUCUUUUCAUCCUUGCGUGAGGUUCCGGCGCUGGGAAUCGGAGAAAGUCUUGUCCUUCGUGCCUCCAGACGGAAAUUUCCGUCUCAUGACGUAUCAUAUCAACAGUCAAAAUCAAGUGAACAUACCGAUCAAUGUCAGGAACCAAAUAUCUUUCCGCGAGCCCGGAGGAGGUCGGCUAGAUAUAUCUGUCGGUGCGAAGACCCCGAUGGGUAAAACUGUCGACGAAGUUAUCCUGGAAAUGACGAUGCCCAAAGGUGUUCUAAACGUUUCGCUCACUGCCAGUCAGGGCAAAUACUCAUUCGAGCCAACCUCGAAGCUGCUCAUAUGGAACGUCGGCAAGAUCGAGAUCGGGAAACAACCUAAUAUACGGGGGUCGAUCUCCGUCAUCAGCGGAGCGCCCCCACCGGAGAGCCAACCUAUCAUUAGCGUUCACUUCAGCAUACAGAGUCUAGCGGUGUCCGGAGUGAAGGUCAAUCGUCUCGAUAUGUACGGAGAGAGUUACAAGCCCUUCAAAGGUGUCAAAUACAUAACCAAAGGUGGAAAAUUCCAAGUUCGUACGUGAAGGAGGCCUUUUUGGGACCGAACCCGAAUUCUGUAUUUCGAUAUGACGACGGUGUCCGAGGAUGUUUUCAAAUACGGCCGAGCAAUGUUACGAUUAGUGAGCUUGUGCCCAUUUUUUAAGAAUCACGAAUGGAAGAGAAUAAAGCGGGAGAACUAAGUUACUGAAA